AUGGAUAGCAAGCUUUUAAAAGGUUUUUCGUUCGCUAUUGAUCGUGGGGGAACGUUCACUGACGUGUUUGCUAAAACACCAACUGGUAAAUCUAUCGUAAUGAAAUUACUGUCUGAAGAUCCAGCAAACUACCCCGACGCACCCCGCGAGGGAAUACGCCGCAUAUUAGAAAAGGUUUGUUAUUUCAAUUGAUAAUUCUUUAUUGAUGAAUCUGAUCAUCUGAUAUGAUAUUGACGAUAUUGUUAGUGAUACGUUCAUUAAUGAUUGAUUUGUGUUAUAAUGGGGUAUCUAUCGAAUUAUCUGUCUCGUCUGUGAUUAUGAUUAUAUAUUGAUUGAUCUGUCAUUGAUUGAUCUGUGAUCUAUUUAUUAUCUAUUGAUUGAUCUUUCAUCUGUUGAUUGAUAUAUCAUCAUCUAUUAUUUGUUUAUCUAUUGAUUGGUUGGUAAACUAUUGAUUGAUCUAUUGAUUGAUCUGCCAUCUAUUGAUUGAUAUUUCAUUAGGUAUUGAUUAACCUGUCAUGAUGUCAUCAUCUAUUGAUUGGUUAUCAUCUAUUGACUUGUCUGUUAUCAUUGACUUAUCUAUUAUUAUCUGUUGAUUGAUCUAUCAUCAAUUGAUAGUUGAUGUGUCAUCUACUGAUUAAUCUGUCAUCUAUUGAUUAGUUUGUCAAAGUGGUUUAAUGUAUACUCAUUACAUGACUUAUAUGUAAUUAAAUGUUAAUAGAUCUGUAAUCAAAUAUUGAUUGUUCUUUCAACUAUUGAGUUAUUAAUCAAUGAUCAUCAUUAGGAUAUGAUAUUUUGUGACACUGUUUAAUUUAUGCACCAUCUAUUUAUUGAGGUGCUACCAUAUAUUGAUUAAAUAAUCACUAUCCAAUUAUUGAUCUGCCAUCCAUUAAUUAAAUUUCUGUCAUUAUCUAUUGAUGGAUUUCUGAUAAAUCUCUGAUCCAGGAAACAGGUAUAUCCAUGCCAGCCAGCGAACCAAUCGAUCCAUCUUACAUCAAAUGGAUCCGCAUGGGAACAACAGUGGCAACAAAUGCAUUGUUAGAAAGAAAAGGAGAGCGAAUGGCGUUGGUUAUCAACAAAGGAUUCAAAGAUCUACUUUACAUUGGCAAUCAGUCAAGGCCACAGAUUUUUGAUCUG